GAGUUCGAGAAACUUAGAUUGACCGCUCUGUAAGAUAAAUCUGAAGAAAAUAAUUGGUUCAAUCUCAUUAUGUAAAUUUGUGUUGUUAAGCUCACAAUCUUCGACCGGCUAAAAGUUAGUACAAGACAAGUACACGUUUUUUCGAAGCUAUUUGAAAAACUCUUUUACGAAAAAAAAGAUGUUUUAACAAAACAAAGAGUUCCACCCCGAUUGUAUGUGAAAUUUCAAUUCAGCUCCUUUAUUUAUCUUCACUUCAAAAUGUCACCUGGGAAAAUGGCCAAACGAAUGACAACUUGUCAAAAAGUAGUUUACGACAAAAACUACAUCGAAUCUAUUUUAGAGGAAAUCGGAGACAGAAAAGUGUUCAUCUUGGCAUCCAAAAGCCUGGACAAAAACUCUGACAUCGUUUCUAGCUUAGUGGAGAAAUUGGAACAAACGGACAAAUUUGGUGGUCUUUUCAUGGAAAUUGAGCAACAUACGACUGACAGGUCAUGUAUUCGUGCAGCGAAUCUCAUCAAAGAAAGUAAAUGCAAGUGUGUUGUAACACUGGGAGGUGGCUCUAUAACUGACGCCGCCAAAGCGAUUCGGCUCUGUAUAACUUACAACAUCCAAGACUCAUCGGGGUUUCAAAGAUUUCACAGAGAUUCGAAUUUGUUCAGCCUAGUUUCGGCAGAUUUUGACUCGGAUUUGUUGGUGAUUAAUGUACCUACCACCCUUUCGGCGGGGGAGUUUUCGCUCAUAGCCGGUGUAAAAGACACACAGAAAGGCCUCAAGUUUGGGUACCUGCAUGAUAAACUGGUGGCAGAUGUGGUCAUAUUGGACCCUUCGGUCACACUCUACACUCCAGAGUAUCUCUGGAUCUCGUCUGGAGUGAGGGCUAUAGACCACAGUAUUGAGACCAUAUGCUCGCCCAUGAGCAAUAUAUUAGCCGACACUGUCUGCAAAAAGAGCCUCAAGCUACUGCUGGAAAACUUGAAGAAAUCUACCGCUACCGACUCUUCGGGAAUCGAAGCCAGACGCAACUGCUUGUUAGGCGCUUGGCUCUCAAUUACUGGCCUCACUCAAAGUGUUCCGCUGGGGGGAAGUCACGGAAUUGGGCACAUAUUGGGCGCUUAUGGGAUUAUACACGGCCAUACAUCAUGCAUCAUGGCCCCACAUAUCAUCAAAUACAACUGGGAUGCAAUGACACCAUCAAUGAAAGCGGACCUCGGAGACGUUUUCAGUGGAGAGCAACUUCCAUACAACGCUCUGUUCGAGUUUAUAAAAGAUUUGAAAAUGCCGCAAACUUUAGAAGAGGUGAGUAUCAAAAAAGAAGACAUUGCUAGUAUGGCUCAACAAGCGACUCAUGAUGAUUUCACACAGGCAAAUUUGCGUCCAUUGACUGCAGCAAAAAUAGAAGAAAUUCUGUCAAAUAUCUACUCAAACGCUGAAUCGGCGUUGUAAAUUUGGACCAGUUUCAGAAUCUUUCAUGGUCGUUGUUCAAACUCCAGAGCAUUAUAGUGUAUCAUUAGGUAUAAUAACCAGAAAAUUCGAAUUUUGUAAUUUAAUCAC